AUGAAACACAACAGAUUUCUACUAUCCCUCUUUUGGGCCUGUUUCUGUGCUACUAUGACUGUCGUUUACGGUGAUCUUAGUUACUCCGUUCCUGAAGAAAUUAGACUCCACUCCAUGAUUGGAAAUAUUGCGAAAGACCUCGCGCUGGACAUCAGGACCAUUUCAUCGCGAAAACCUCGUUUGGAUUUCGAAGGAACCAACAAGCAAUUCUGUGAUAUCAAUCUGGCUACCGGGGAUUUGACCGUAUCCGAAAGAAUAGACCGGGAAACCCUUUGUGGCAAAAAAGCGUCUUGUGUUUUAAAAGCUGAUCUGAUGAUGGAAAAUCCUUUAGAGCUACAUCGCGUGAGUCUUACUGUUCAGGAUAUAAAUGAUAAUUCGCCAGCAUUUAUUAAUAAGUUGACCAAAUUUGAAAUACAAGAGUCAACUGAGAAAGGAAGCCUUUUUUCCCUUGAAGAAGCGCACGAUGCAGAUAUAGGACAAAAUGAUGUUCAAAGAUAUAUUCUUCAGAAAAACGAUAACUUCAUUCUGUCCCCUGAUAAUACCCAAAUAGUGUUAUUAUUGGAAAAUAAACUGGAUAGAGAAAAACAGAAAAACAUGAAUUUGACUCUGACAGCUUUUGAUGGCGGUUCUCCUCAGAGAUCAGGCACUGUAGUUGUACACAUCACUGUAUUAGAUGCCAACGACAACGCGCCCGUGUUCAGCCAAACCGUUUAUAAAGCCAGUCUGCCCGAAAAUGCCCCAAUGGAUACGGUAGUGUUAAAGGUUAGCGCCACAGACGCAGAUGAGGGUAUACACGGAGAUGUGACGUAUGAUUUAGGUCACAGAUCUCAGUCCGAUGCGUUUUCUAUUCAUUCCCAGACUGGAGAAGUUCGUGUUAAUGGCCCAAUUGACUUUGAGGAGAAAAACUUAUUUGAAAUGACGGUGGAAGCUAAAGAUGGAUUAGGAUUAAAUUCAUAUGCUAAGGUUAUAAUUGAUGUUACUGACAUCAAUGACAAUGCACCAAUAAUUGAUAUAAAAUCCUUCUCAAGUCAGAUACCAGAAAAUGUCCCUCGUGAUUAUGAGUUAGCCAUCAUCAAUGUAAAGGACAGAGACUCUGGUAUUAAUAGUAAAGUUCACUGCUCUAUUCACAAACAUGUCCCUUUUAAACUUGUGCAUUCUUUCAAAAACUAUUAUUCUCUAGUGACCACAGAACAGCUGGACCGUGAGCUAGUGUCUGAUUACAACAUUACAAUCAGUGCCACUGACGAGGGCUCUCCCCCUCUGUCCUCCUCUAAAACUGUCCACUUAACUGUAGCUGACAUCAAUGACAACCCUCCUGUGUUUGAGGAGCAGUCCUACAGCGCACAUGUGACUGAAAACAACAAACCUGGCUCCACUUUAUGUUCUGUUGCUGCUCGAGACCCAGACUGGAGACAAAACGGGACAGUGGUUUAUUCUCUGUUACCUGGUGAGGUGAAUGGGGCCCCAGUGUCCUCCUAUGUCUCUGUUAAUGGAGACACAGGGGUGAUCCAUGCUGUGAGGGCUUUUGAUUAUGAACACUUCAGGAGUUUUAAAGUCCAUGUGAUGGCCAGAGACAAUGGCUCUCCUCCACUCAGCAGCAACGUGACAGUCACUGUGUUUAUAUCUGAUGUGAACGACAACUCUCCUCAAAUACUGUACCCCACCCCGGAGGGGAACUCCUUCAUGACUGAACUGGUCCCUAAAGCUGCACAUGCAGGCUCUCUGGUGUCCAAAGUGAUAGCAGUGGACGCAGACUCUGGACAGAACGCCUGGCUGUCCUAUCACAUCGUCAAAUCCACUGAUCCUGGACUUUUUACUAUUGGUCUCCACAGUGGAGAGAUCAGGAGCCAGCGGGACAUCUCUGAGUCUGACAGCAUGAAACAGAACCUUAUUGUGGCAGUGAAGGAUAACGGACAGCCUCCUCUCUCUGCCACCUGCUCCAUGUAUUUACUGAUCUCUGAUAACUUGGCUGAAGUGCCUGAACUCAAGGACAUUUCUUAUGAUGAGAGGGACUCCAAGCUGACAUCCUAUCUGAUCAUUGCACUGGUGUCAGUGUCCACAUUUUUCCUCACCUUCAUUAUUAUUGUCCUGGGUGUGAGGUUCUGUCGCAGGAGGAAGCCCAGACUGUUGUUUGAUGGAGCAGUUGCAAUCCCCAGUGGUUAUCUGCCUCCUAAUUAUGCAGAUGUUGACGGCACAGGAACUUUACGCAGCACUUACAACUAUGAUGGAUACAUGACAACUGGAUCCAGGACAAGUGACUUUAAGUUUGUCUCGUCCUACAAUGACAACACACUGCCUGCAGAUCAGACACUGAGGAAAAGCCCCACUGACUUCUCUGAUGUUUUUGGAGAUUGUGAUGUCUCUCCUGAGGUAGGCACAAAUUAUGCCUAA